GGCCCCCGGGGCGGCCAGCCAUGACCUUCGGGCGCGGCGGGGCGGCCUCGGUGGUGCUGAACGUGGGCGGCGCCCGGUACUCGCUGUCCCGGGAGCUGCUCAAGGACUUCCCGCUGCGCCGCGUGAGCCGGCUGCACGGCUGCCGCUCGGAGCGCGACGUGCUCGAGGUGUGCGACGACUACGACCGGGAGCGCAACGAGUACUUCUUCGACCGGCACUCGGAGGCCUUCGGCUUCAUCCUACUGUACGUGCGCGGCCACGGCAAGCUGCGCUUCGCGCCGCGGAUGUGCGAGCUGUCCUUCUACAACGAGAUGAUCUACUGGGGCCUGGAGGGCGCGCACCUGGAGUACUGCUGCCAGCGCCGCCUAGACGACCGCAUGUCCGACACCUACACCUUCCACGCGGCAGACGAGCUGGGCCGCGAGCAGGCUCGCCCCGCCGGGCCCGAGGCGGCUCCCUCCCGGCGCUGGCUGGAGCGCAUGCGGCGGACCUUCGAGGAGCCCACGUCGUCGCUGGCCGCGCAGAUCCUGGCCAGCGUGUCCGUGGUGUUCGUGAUCGUGUCCAUGGUGGUGCUGUGCGCCAGCACGCUGCCCGACUGGCGCACGGCGACCGCCGACAACCGCAGCCUGGAUGACAGGAGCAGGUACUCCGCCGGCCCUGGGAGGGAGCCCUCCGGGAUAAUUGAAGCUAUCUGCAUAGGUUGGUUCACUGCGGAGUGCAUCGUGAGGUUCAUCGUCUCCAAAAACAAGUGUGAGUUUGUCAAGAGACCCCUGAACAUCAUUGACUUGCUGGCGAUCACGCCCUAUUACAUCUCUGUGCUAAUGACAGUCUUUACAGGCGAGAACUCUCAGCUCCAGAGGGCCGGAGUCACCUUGAGGGUCCUACGAAUGAUGAGGAUCUUCUGGGUGAUCAAGCUUGCCCGGCACUUCAUCGGGCUGCAGACACUGGGCUUGACUCUCAAGCGAUGCUACCGAGAGAUGGUUAUGUUACUUGUCUUCAUCUGUGUUGCCAUGGCAAUCUUUAGUGCACUUUCUCAGCUUCUUGAACAUGGGUUGGACCUGGAAACAUCCAACAAGGACUUCGCCAGCAUUCCCGCUGCCUGCUGGUGGGUGAUCAUCUCUAUGACUACAGUUGGCUAUGGAGAUAUGUAUCCUAUCACGGUGCCUGGAAGAAUUCUUGGAGGAGUUUGUGUUGUCAGUGGGAUCGUUCUGUUGGCAUUACCUAUCACUUUCAUCUACCAUAGCUUUGUGCAGUGUUAUCACGAGCUCAAGUUUAGAUCAGCUAGAUAUAGUAGGAGCCUCUCGGCUGAGUUCCUGAAUUAAUGUAUUGCAAAUCAACCCUUGUGCACACUUCAUUUGGUAGAGAGUUGACACUGCUUCUUACUCGUGUGUUUCCCCCUGGGCAAGCCAUGCAAUUGUAUUGUCGUAGUGUUGGUAGGGUGACAUUAUCCUUACCAGCUGAAGGGAUAAAGCAGUUUACUUGUGGAGUAAACAGGACUGGGACCACACACAGGAACAGUGACACCUAGAGUAAACUUUAGGACCUGGUUUUAUUUGGUCUUGUCUGGGCCGUGGGCCUCACACAGUUACAUUGUUGUGGGAUUGUGUUCUUAAGCACAUUAUUUGAACACUUUAAAGCAGAAAGACACUAUUUUCCAAAUGCUUUUCCUUCUUAACGAAUUCAGAAGAAGCUUGGAACUUGCAGUGUUAUUUUUGAGACUAACAUUUUCAUUUCUAAAUGUUUUAUAAUUUCUCAUAUCAAUGUCAGAAGUAUCCUGGAAACAUAUGUCACAAGCGGGAACUGUUUAACAAAUACUUUAAAAAGUUGGCCCAAAUUUAAACUGUAUCAUGGGAGCUAGAGACAAGCAAAAAAUAUUAUUUGAAAAACUUUGCAUACUUCUCUAUCCUUGGCUUAAUUUUUGUGCCUAUCACUUCUCUUAUCUUACAACUUCAUGGGACCUUAGGUGUGUUUUUCUCUUUCCAGUUAGGUUCCCAAAGAGUAGGUGAUAACGAAGAGAGCUUGUGUUGUUUAGCAUUUUGUUUCGAGAUAUUAGAGUCCAUUGCUGUGACUCAGCGAUAAGAGUCCUAACAUUCAGAUAGCAGAGAACAUCUCUGACAGAAAAUGGUAAUAAAAAUGGUAUGAUAUUGUCACUGUUUGAACCCAUAGUUCUCUUCUGCAGCUCUCAACUUUUUUCUCAGUACCGCGAGUUUAAAAAGGCUCAAAGGAAGAAAAAAGAUAUUUAUCUAGCCCUUUGUCACAGCAGUCAUAUUUUAUGUUGUCACAAAAGGAGAAAUAUUAUUGUCUUAGUUCAGUGUCACUAAGUCGAUUCUAAGCCAGCUGUAAUCAGUGUAGACAUAGUUAUUUGCCCUGGCUCCCCAUCACUGUGACACACAGUCACCCCAAAACUCUUCCUGUACGGGUAUCAGGCAGCAGACUACAUUCCUCUGUCUAGAUUGCCAGUGUUAGGCUGUGCAAACGUGAUGGCUCUUCAGUGCUAAGUUUUCACAGUAUGAAUUAGAAUAUUACUUUUCCAAUAAAGUGUAAUAAAGAAAUCAUGUGCAUCCACACACAAAGUCAAUGAUUCAGGAAUAAUUUAGUUUGCAUACUGUGAUCAUCAGGGGUGAGGGAAAUACUUUUCAAAGAAAGAAUUGCCAGAAGUGUCCAUUAAGGAAUAUUAGCCAUCAGUUCAGCUCUUGCCAUUACGGGUAGAAAAACCAAGGCAAGAGAGCAUAUGAUGAUUAAGGAGUUGGAGCUGAAACCUUUAUUGCCCAGCAGUUUACUCUGCACACACCUCUAGGUUUGGCAGAAACCGUCAUAGGCCGCACUUAUUUUUCAUUGCCAUGAUCAGGGAAGAAUAGCAAAACCAGUUCCUAGUCCCUAAUUUCCUUUUCUGAAUUCUUGUGAUUCUGGCCAUUAAAAAAAAAAAGAAAGAAAGAAAGAAAGAAAAUCUCAUUCUUUCCCACUACCUUCAUUGGUGUGCUAACUUUACACACUAAAUUGUUAUUUAUGUAUUUUGUUGCAUUUUAACUGAACAUAUGGCAUAAUUUUAUUUAUUUUUAAGCUUUGUGAUUUAUGCAAAUCAUAUGCAGAAGAUAGCUCAUCUAUAUUAUUAGCAAGAAUAUGGUAACCUUUAGGUUUCCUGGCACCGGGAUGCUUGGCGUGAAUGAAUAUGCAGGACAUCUGUAUGUAAGCAACUUAGUCCUGCUGUGAGCUGGGGCCGGCACGGGCACACACGCACUGCCAUAGCCCCACAGUGUGUAUUACAGAUGGCUGCUGUGAGGCAGAAACGGGUGUGAAGAGACAAGAAGAUGUACAUUUCUGGGCUUUUAGGUAGCAAGGGUUGGUGCUGGACUUUUCACGGGGGCUGCCUUUCAUCAGGAAGCACCUAGGAUGUUGCCAGCAGCCGUCCAGCUACCUGGCUAUAAACAGGAGACAUGCUAAACUGGCUCAUUUGCAAAGGAGAAAACACAGCAGAGUUGUUUUGUCCUUCAGGAUGCUGGACCUUCUUAGAAACAGAGGAAUUUUCUUGCAGCUUUCUCUGAAUGUUACUGAUUUUUUUGUUUCGUCUUAUUUAUUUGUUUAUAUUGGGUUUGGACGGGGGGUGGGGGUGGGGAACCGGGUCUCUGCUGUUUAGAUAAGGCUGACCGUAAACUUGUGACAACCACCCUGCCUCGGCCUCUCAAGUGCUAGAAUUACAGGUGCAUGCCACAAUACCCAGCUGCUUUCAAAAGACAAAACCCCAAACAGAUGGUUUCCUGAACUCCAGUCUUCUGCACACACACACACACACACACACACACACACACACGCUCAUGCACACACACACACAGUUUUAAAAAUAAAGUUGUUUUUUUUUUAAUUGCUGAGGUGGUGUCUCCUUCUUAGAUGUACUUUUACAUUCUUCACAGUUUUGUCUUCAUGGCAAAAAUGCUUUCAUGAGGCCCCACCCCCACCCCAAGAAGUCUCUUCAGAGAGAAGGAUGCCAAAGUCUUUAUUUUGACUUUGAGCAUAUGUGAUUGCUCUUAUAUGUAUCUUGAUUUGUAUUCACUGAAACAAGAGAGUAGAAAGAGUAGGAAAAAAAAUUAGGGGAUAUAUGUAAAAGUGAUCGUGUAACUCAAUAAAUUCUCCUUUUUUUAUUGUUCGAGGCAGGGCUCCUCUAUGUAGCCCUGGCUGUCCUGGAACUGCUUUAUAGACCAGUCUGGCCUUGACCUCAAGAGAUCCACUUGUCUGUGUUUCUCAAGUUGGAAUUAAAGGAGUGGACUACGAUGCCCAGCUUCCACUCCCCUUAAAAAAAAAAUUUAUAACUGUUGCUGAGUUGCUAAUUCAAACACUUCCAUUUAUUCUUGGGAUUAGUAGUUACAUGUGAUUGCACAUUUGUAAUCUUAUUUUGAAAUGUUAAAAUCUAUUUGUUCAUAGCGGCUGUUAGUAUGUCAAAAUAAUCUUUUCUUAAAAGUACAUUUAUUCUAUGUGUGUGUGGGCAUGUGUGUGUGUGUGUGUGUGUGUGUGUGCAUGUGCAUGUCUAGGUCAGAGGACAAUUUAUAGGAGUCUGUUCUCUGUAUCCAUUAUAUGGUUUCUGGGGGUUGAACUCAAUCUGAUUGGCUUGACAUACUCGAUCUGCUGAACCAUCUUAUCAGCCCUUUUAAAUCUUUGUGUGCUUGUCUUGCCUACAUCUCUUGCGAUCCUGUAGAGUGGGCAUAGGAAGAAGCCUAAUGCUGCUGUGGGGAGAAUUUUCUUAGUUAGUUUGAUAUUUUCUAGAAGCUUGUUUUUUAUAGAUGUGAAAACAAAGAGCGAAAACUCCUAGCUUAGUUAUACAGCUAAGCUUUGCAACUUCAACUUAACACAGAGUGGCAGAGUAUUCCCCUCUGGCCUGUCAGAGGUGUGUCUUCUUUGUGCACACUAAUCACCUGGUCAAACGUGCGUUAAGAAUCGUCAGGAUCACGGGAAGUCAGGACUAAGCAGAUGUGGGGGGCCUUCUGGUCUGCCUCGCCCCAGGUUCUAGCAACACUGGAUUGUAAGUCGCUCAUACCUCUGUCAGGUCAGGUUAGGCAAGAGGAAGUUGAUUCUAGACUGCUGGUUCUUUUAUCUACUCCUUUUUUCCCCACUCCACUUUUUGUUUUGUUUUAAUUUUGCAAAGUUAAAAGGUAUGGAGGAGCCAGCAGUACUCUGGGAGGCAGAAGCAGGAGGAUCUCUGUGAGUUGGAGGCUAGCCUGGACAGCCAAGGCUACACAGAGAAACCCUGUCUCGAAAACAAAACAAAACAAAAAAAGGUACGAAGGAUUUCUUUUAAAAUAUUUUCUACCUUAGGAGUUUGAGAAAAAUGUUCAUUGGCUAAGAGCACUGGCUGCUCUUACCAGUGACCUGGGUUGGGUUCCCUAGCACGCACUUAGUGGCCUUACAACCCUUUUAACUCUAUUUCCAGGAGAAUCAAUGCCUCCUCUGGCUUCCUAGGGCAAUAGUCACACACAUACAUGAUGUACGUACGUACAUACAUGCAUACAUACAUACACACAUAUUUUAAAACAUUUUCUUUAAUUUUUUUAGAGAUUACUUCACUUUUAGUUCAAAUUAAAAAACAGUUAUUGUUUUUACAGGCCUUAAAUGUCAGAAAGGAGAAUUCGGAAUUGUGCAAUGCCUUAGGAAACUCAGAUUUUUAUUCUAUUUUUGUUCAUUUGAUUUUGUUUGGAAUUUAUGAAAUAGGAUUCUGCAUAUCCUAGACUCUGACACUUUCUCUCUCCUCUCAACAAGAUCUCAUUAUAUAGCUCUGGCUGGCCUUGAACUCACUACGUAGACCAAGCUGGCCUUGAAUUCACAGAGGUCUGUCUCUGCCUCCCAGCACCAUGUUGGUCUUGAACUAGUGGUUCUCUAGUCUCUGUCUCCCAAAGUGCUCAGAUUACAGGUUUGCACCACCAUGUCCAAAAGAAACUCACAGUUUUGUUUUUGUUUUGUUUUGUUUUGUUUUGUUUUGGGGACAGGUUUUCUCUGUGUCACCUUGGCACUCCUGCACUUGUUUUGUAGACAAGGCUAGCCUCAAACUCAGAGAUCUGCCUGCCUCUGCCUCCCCAAGUGAAAACUCAUACUUCUGAGAUGUUUUGUCUUUGUAUUUCUUCCCACUGCCAAUCCUAGUGCUAGAAACUGACCUUAUACAUGCUAAGCAAACCCCCUUACGCUCCUAACCCUUCAGUAGAAUUUUUGAACAACUUUUUCUGUGCGUGUGUGUGUGUGUGUGUACAGGCAGUUGGUUAUUGCAUUGUUUAGGAGAGCCACAGCUGAGCAGGAAGCUUUAAUCGAGAACUCUGGACAGGCUCCAGUUGGUCAGGGAAGGUUAAACGCACUGCUCUGUUUGUUCAGCAAGCAUUCAUAUGGUGUUUGCUUCCUGCCUUUCAAGAACCCAUCUGCACAUACGGGAAUGGUCACAGCAGUUCUUUUUCAGAAAGAAAAAACUAACGCCUAACUGUCCCAUUUGCUGUGGAGCCUUCCGUAGCCUUGUGAAUUGUCACCAAGCGUGGUGAUGAUGCUCCACUAGGUGACAACGUACAUAUACACUUUUAGAUUUCCCAGGGCUCUCGGGCAUUCCCAAGGAGCACAUCAACCUUUUAAAAUUUUCUCCUACUGGGAAUUGAACCUAGGACCUCAGGCAUGUUGGUCAAGCACACUGUCACUGGGCUACAUUUCCCAGAAGCGCACUUUAACUUUUGGCCUUUUGUGUAGGCUCACUGGCCGGUUUAGGGGAUGGAAUAUGAUAAUCUGCAUUUAUGCUGCAUUUUAUUUUAUUGUUCACGAGACAGAGUCUUGUGUAACCAGGCUGGUCUCAGCUGUGUAGCACUCCUCCUGCUUCAACCUCCUGAGUGCUGGGAUCUACAGACAGGCACCAGCACACCUUGUUCUUUAAUUUAGCAGCACCGGUGGGAAUUUUAAAAUGUCAUCGUGAAUCCAAUUGCAUAAUCCAAGUUAAAGCGUAAGUGACAUUUGGUGAGUAAAAGCUGUCGGCAUAUUAUUUGGGGCUCCCCUGCAAGAAAUGACAUCACUCUGUCUGAGGUAGGACUCCGGUGUCCUCAUUCCAUUGAGGUGCCCAUUUCAUUAAAACUAAAACUCCCUUAAUCUUGCCAUGGAGAGAUAUUCCUUUUGUUAGACUUCAGUUACUAGUAUUGUUUUCAAAAUCUGUAAUUCCGCCCGUGACAGAGUAGAGGCAUUUGCAUGGUAUGAAUGUUUACUUACUUGUUUUUGUAAGAAAGAAAAAGUCUUAGUUAGGCUUUCUUUUGAGGCAGCAAAACACCAUGACCAAAAAGCACGUUGGAGAGGAAAGAGUUUAUUUGGCUUACACUUCCACAGCACUGUUCAUCAUCAAAGAAAGUCAGGACAGGAACUCAACCAGAACCGGAGCCUGGAGGUAGGAGCUGAUGCAGAGGCCACGGAGGGCUUGCUCAGCCUGCUUUCUUUUAGAACCCAGAACCAGCAGCCCAGGGAUGGCACCAUCCACCAUGGGCUGGCCCUCCUCUGUUGAUCGCUCAUUGAGAAAAUGCCCUCCAGCUGGAUCUCAUGGAGGCAUUUUCUCAACUGAGGGUCCUUCCCCUCUGAUGACUCUAGUUUAUGCCAAGUUGACACAAAACCAGCCAGUGCAGGAAGCAAAGUGAAAGAUUUCUUUUGUGUACUAAUAUACAGUGAGGUAGUAAAUAUUUGUUUUUGUCUCUGUUCUGCUUACUUGUCAUUCUGAAGAGAACCUACUUUCCUCCUUAUGAGCCAGUUGGCUGGAGAAUUUUACUUCCACGUUUCUAUUGCUGAAUUCUGAUGCCAGCCAAGUGUUUAUUUUUCUUUAUUUUAUUUUGCGGUGCAUUUUUCCCAGUGAUUUCCAUGGCAGAACCAUGCGGAAAGUAACAGUUUUUAGUAAGUUUGGAAAUCAGGAACUAUGAAUCUUUUCAAGAAUUUUAUCUGUUCUUGAUCCCUCUAAUUUCUAUGUGAACUUUAGAGUUGUUGUAUCUUUUUUUUUUUUCAUUUUAAAUCUAAUUUAAUAGUAGUGUAUGUGUGUGGGAUACAUGUGUGUGAGUGUGGACAACCUUCUGGAAUCAGUUCUCUCUCUUCCCAGAGCAGAAUCUUGGUGUGGAACCCAGGCUGUCAGGCCCUGCAGGCAAGUGCCUUUACCCACUCAGCAAUCCCACGGACCCAGCAUAUCAUUUCCUCUUCAUGAAAGACAACUGGGAAACACUUUGUUGGUGUUUUUGUUUGUUUGUUUGUUUGUUUGUUUGUUUUUCAAGACAGGGUUUCUCUUUGUAGUUCUGGCUGUCCUGGACUUGCUUUGUAGACCAGGCUGGUCUCCAAUUCACAGUGAUUCGCACGCCUCUGCCUCCCAAGGGCUGGGAUGAAAGGCGUGCGUUGUCUGACUAGCCAAGAUUGGACUUGAACUUUCUGUGUAGCCCAGGCUAGUUUUGAGCUCAGUCCUCUCUCUUUACUCAGCCUCAGGGGUGUUGGGAUUAGGAACUACGGAACUGCACCACCACUUGCAGCUGCUGGUAGUUAAAGUGUUGGCAUGGCAUGGGUCUCAUCAAAUCUGUAAAUCAAUUAAGAUAGCGUUACAGUCUUACAGCGCUAAGUGUUCCAGUCCGUGAACACAGGCUAUCUUUCCAUUUGUUUCUUAGAACACAGAUCCCUAACUUCCCAUGUGCGCUUCUUGGGUUUAAUUCACUCCUACAUAUUUUGUUAUUUUUGAUGCUGUUGUGAAUGGACUCCUCCCCCCUCUUUUCUUUUAGAUAAGGUCUCACUGUGUAGCUCUGGCUGGCUUGAACUUACUGUGUAGACUAAACUGGCCUUGAACUCCCUGAGGUCCAUCUGCCUCUGCCUCUCAGGUGCCAGGCUCAAAGGUAUGUGCCAUCACACCCGGCUGCUGCUGUUGUUGUCUUGAUUUCAUCUGGAGAGUGCUCAUUGCUAGGGUGUGGUGAUCCUGAUUGUUUCAUAUUGCUCUUAAAGCCUCUAGCCUAGCUGAAUUCACCUAUUGGCUCUCUCAUCUUUAAAAGGAUUUUGGUGGGUUUUUUUUUUUUUUUUCUGUUAUUGUGGCCACAGCAUCCUCAACGAGAUGGUAUUACUUUUUUCUUUCCAAUCUAGACACUUUCUAAUUCUUUCUGUUGCCUAAUUGCCCCUGCUGGGACUUCCAGUACAAUGUCAAGUAUAAGUGGCCAGUGCGACAUGUCCUGUUCUGAUUUCUGGUCCCAGAGGACGUUUCCACUCUGUCCUGUUAGUGUACUGCUGGCUGGCAUUGGCUCUCUUCAGGCUGGGGAAUGUUCUUUGUAUUCCUAGAUGUACGGUGUGUGUGUGUGUGUGUGUGUGUGUGUGUGUGUGUGUGUGGACAUUAGUUCCUAACAGUGUGAACAGUGUAUAUUCAUGAACAGAUGGGAAGGCUCUAUGGUGAGUUGAGUUUUAAUGCUUGUGUCAGGAAACAUUUUGCUGAUGAGUCUCUGUGUCCCUUACAAGGUACUAAUCAAGCGGAAGACAUAGAACUGCUCACUAACAGCUUUUAAACAGCUCCUCGAUUGAUACACAUUUAAUAGUUUCUGAGUCUAUUAAGCUGACUCUCUUCAUUAACCCAAGUUAAUCUGAGUUUUGUGUUCACUUCCCUAAAGAUACAGAGACACUUGGACAUAGGAGCUACAAGAUGAUUUGUUUCUACUGGUUAGUUCCUUUGAAUGGUUCUUUUGUUUUGUUUUGUUUUGUUUUGUUUUGUUUUGUUUUGUUUUGUUUUGAGACAGGGCUUCUCUGUGUAACAGCCCUGGCUGUCCUGGAACUGUCUUUGUAGACUAGAAUGGCCUUGAACUCACAGAGAUCCACCUGCCCCUGUUUCCCAUGUGCUGGGAUUAUAGGCAUGCACCACUAUGCCUGGCUUUUUUUUUUUUUUUUUUAUGUAUGUGCAUUGGUGUUUUUUCUUGCAUGUAUGUCUAUGUGAGGGUGCUGGGUGCUGUGGAGCUGGAGUUACAGACAGCCAUGUGGGUAACUCCAUGGGUCCUCUGUAAGAACAGCCAGUGCUCUUAACCGCUGAGCUAUCUCCCCAGCCCUCUUUGAAUGAGUAUUUAUUCUCUGACCUUGGGUUCUCAAAGUCAGAUAAGCUGGAGGCCUCUUUUAACGGUGAAAUGUCAGUGCCAGUGAAAUCUCCCUCCCUGCACCCUAUCCCGUCUGUCUCUGCCUGUCUCCUUUUCUCUUUCUCCUUUCCUCCCUCUCUCUGCAUGUUUUAGGGAUGCCUCCAUAGAAAAGCUGGGAAAUUGAGCUUCUUAGCAGAACUGCAUUCUCCAUCUGUCUGUAGUAGAUUUCUACCAGGAAACAUGUUGCUGAGUUCUAAGGGGUGUGUCUCAAAAAAAAAAACUUGAUAGUUAACCUGCCUUAGGAAAAAAGCAUUGCCUUAGGGGAAAAAUAAGCUAAAUGUGAUUACAGGUACAUGGCUAAUAUUUUUUUUUCUUUUUCUUUCUUGUUUUUUUUUGAGACAGGGUUUCUCUGUGUCUACUUGGCUGUUCUGGACUCGCUUUGUAGACUGGCUGGGCUUGAACUCACAGAGAUCUGCCUGCCUCUGCCUCCCCAAGUGCCAGGAGUAUGCCACCGAUCUGGCUUUCUUUUCUUUUUUUUUUUUUUUAAGAUUUAUUUAUUAUUUAUACAGCAUUCUGCCUGCACACCAGAUCUUACUAUAGAUGGUUGUGAGCCACCAUGUGGUUGCUGGGAAUUGAACUCAGGACCUUUGGAAGAACAGUGAGUGUUCUUAACUUCUGAGCCAUAUCUCCAGCCCAAGCUGGCUUUCUUUAAUCCUUUUAUUUGUGCGCUCGUUAGUAGGAGCUUUAGCCUAAUGGGUGUUAUUUCCGUAUACAGUUGUUCUUGCUGUGAUACCAACACUCAAAAGACUGGAGGAUUCCAGACUUGAGAACAACCUGGACUGCAUAGACAGUCUUUGUGUCAAGCCAUGGCAAGCGUAGCCCUGCUGUGCCUGUGGAAUCAUGUAGACGACAUUGGCUGCCCUCACCCCAGCAGAGACUCUCCGAGAAUGAUUUGGACCUGGAAAAGCCCUCUUCCUGAUUUAGUCUAAAGAUCCUUUCUGGGGGCUGGAGAGAUGGCUCAGGGUUAGGAGUAGGUCCUGCUCUUACAGAGGAGCCCUCGGGAGUUAGAACCACCUGUACCUCCAGCUGCGGAGGAGUUGAUGCCCUCUUCUGGCUUCUGCAGGCACCUGAACUUACAUACACAGCCCACCCCAUAGUAAAUUUUUUAAUCUUAAAUUUAUAAAGGUCCAUUCGUUGGUUUGAGGCUCUUUUACAUAAGCACUAAGUCUAGAUUUUUUUUUUAAUUGCAAUCAUUCAUCAUGAAUACAAUCAUCCUGAAAUCCCCUCAGGAAAGAAGUGAGGAAAAAGUUUUCUAUUAUCUGCAAAUAACAGAUACUCAAACGCUGGAAGAGUGCUUGUAGGUGUUCUAGUGCGACAGAUAACUAAUGGGUAGAUGCCCACUGACAUUCUUCAUGAGUCACAUGGCUAAUGUCCUAGUUGACUGAACGCUUAACAUUGCUCUGAUUCCGUACAUAUAGCCCGAAGGGCUUUAGCUAAUGGCUAUAUUUUUAAUAAAUCUUAUGAAUGUGCUGAACAGAUGUUACUGAUCUUCAGUGAAAACAUGGGUUAGCAAUCUUGAACCUAGAUUUUUGUCAUACUGAUAUGUAAUAUAUUUAUAAAAUAUUUUGAGCAAAAAGCUUUCAAGGAGAGAUACACUUUGCUGCCAUUGUAGGGUAAAUGUAUUCAGUACUAUUUAUAACAGUUCAUGAGAUCAGUAGGCUCCCCAAUUUUUAGUUAUGAAAUGCUUGAAUAAUGGCUACACCUCCCAGCAUUAGAGAGUAACCAAAAAUUAUAGCAACUUUUUAAAAUAAAAAGAUAAUGUACUGGUGUUUUAUUAUUUUGUCUAAUAUUUAUAAGUAUUCUGAAAACAAAUCUCCGACCCUAGUUAUUACUCUAAUAAAAUUUGCUUAGAGAAAAGAUUAUUCCAGCCAAAAGUCUUAGAGAUAUAUCUUUUGGGGGCUGGAGAGAUAGUUGCAGUUCAGAGCACUGGCUGCUCUUCCAGAGGACCAGGGUCUGAUUCUUAGCAUCCAAAGGGCUACACACAGCUGUCUGUAACUCCAGCUCCAGAGGGUCCAAUACCUUCUUCUGGGGACUGCAUGAUUGUAGUUCAUGGACACGUGUGAAGGCAGGACCCCCAUGCACAGAAGAAACAAAAAAUAAACAUUAGGAAUGUAUCUUUUGUGUUGAUUUUAUCUCCACCAUAGAGUACACCAGAAUGCCUGCCAACUGCGCCCAAGCUCCUUGGUGAGAGCUGUCUCCAUGGUUCUGUUUUGGAGACAGGGUCUCAAAUCUGAGCUUGUAUGACCUAGUCUGUCCUUGCACUUGAAAUCCUUCUGCUUCAGCCUCCCAAAUGCUGAGGUUUCAGGCAAGUGCUACUUAUGCCAUAUGUGUGUGUGUGUGUGUGUGUGUGUGUGUGUGUGUGUGUGUGAGGGUGCAUGUUUAAUGACCAUCAAUAUCCCUAUAUUUAUAACUCAUUUGUUCCAGGAAAGCACGGAGGGUACCCAAGGUUAUAGAUAAGCACUCAGAGCAUCCAUCUGACUGAGUGUGGUGACUCCAGUGUGUGCCCUUCCAGCGCCUCACGGUUUAGGGUCAGGCCUGGUGUGGUCCUGGCCCACGUGGCAUCUUUGCUUCUCUUCCAGCAUUUUCCCCCUUUAGAUCUACUGGUUGAUUCUCUUUGCACUUUUCCUGUUCAAUGCCUGCAGUGGUAUCAACUUGGCCUUACCGUUACCUAGGUUGGGGAAGAGGUUUUCUGCGGCCAGGCCCCUGCUUAAGGGAAACAGUCUUUUGGGGAUGAGAAAGUCACCAUGACAGUUUCCUUUACAAGGAUGUGUUGGGGGUACCAUAAUACGGCCCCUGGAGACGCUGAGUGGGCCACCACACUCAUGACCCAUGGUGACAGGAGGUAGCAAGUCACUUAGAUGUCCUAACAGUGGACCCACCUGCCAUAGCCAAGAGUAGAAAGUGGGUUUUAGUCAAAGCUCUUAAUUGCUCUCCUUAUGCAGUUACAAGAAGAAUGAAUCAUUCUGUGAGCAGAAGGUGUGGCUGGUUGUUAUCUGUCUGGAAGGACCAGUGUGCUUGAAUUGAAGUUGGAGGCCUGCUUGUUUAAUUACUACAUAAGCACACUUCAGAUCCGUCUCCACUAGAGGAACAGACACUUUAAUUGCCUUCACCCACCUUCACCCCAACCGUCAGCACAUUUCAGCUUUGGAACAGCUCUGUGAUUGAGACCAGCGAUACCCAAUGAUUAUUUUAUAUCGACCUACACCAGAAUCAGCAGCCACCAUAAAACCUGAUGGCACCUGGCAUCCUGGGUGACAGGAAUUUUUGUUGUGAAUCUCUAGUUACCCAGCAUGCAGCUCUUUUAGUGUUUGCUGACACCAUCAUCAUCACCAUCUUCAUAUGUCCAGUGAGGUAGUCUUAAUUUCUUUAAUCCUAUUUUGUUUCUUUUAUUUAAAUCUAAUUUGGAAACUUAAUAAGCAAUUCCUGCCAAACCUACCUUUAUAACAUUUUUCUAUAGUAUUUGAUUAAAUUAUUGGGCAAAAAUAACUAGAACUUUUUUCUCUUAAUGUCACUGAGAGUUUGGUAGAGGAAAUGAGUUCAGUAACUGUCCAACUUUUUAAAAAUCUCUCCCUUAUCAUUAGGUUGUUAUUCAUUUAUUAGUUUAUCUUUGUAUUGGAGGCAUUGUGGGACUGUUCCCAGGUUAAAAGCAUUUUAAUGUAGUUGGUAAUCAAAUUUAUUUUUACUAAACAGCUUUUGAUCAGCCUGUUCGGUCAUUAAAAAUACAUAGACUGUCUAAGUCUUUGAGUUAGAGCAGAAAUCUCACAUUUUUCUUCUGCAUCAUGUAGUGUCAAUCAUUCUUUGCUUCUAAGGCUUUAGAUUGACGGCUUACACAUGAGUGCACCAAACGGCCUGUGACUCAAAUUGGUGUUAUUCUUCAUUUUAGAAAGUCAUUGACUGGAAAUCCCCAAAGAGAAACUGUUAGGCCUUUUCUAAUGUGGAAGUAAAGACCAGACCCUGCUUCUGUAAAGUUCACAUACUGCAGGUUUUUUUUUUAAAUAUAUAAUCUACAUGUUAUAGGUGAUGUUCUAUUUUAAUUAAGUAUGUACAGGUAAAGUAUGUGUCCGUUUUGCACUAAAGUGCUUUUUAUAUUUGUCCAUUUGUAUCAUGGUGGUUCAGUUUUAUGCUUAAGAGUAAGAAAUAUUUAAUUCUAUGUGUUUUAAUUUAGAUUUUGGCUUAAGCAUAAUUUUGAUUUAUAAACAAAUGUUUCUGCCGUCCCUUUUAAGACCAAUGCCUCUCUCUUUAGUUAGCUUGAAUUUUGGUGCACGUUUUGUUAUUUUCACAAGUUCUGUCAACAUAACCUUAUAAUAAAGGUAGCCUUACAUGGAAAGCCUUAUUGCAAAGAUAUUGGAGAGUUUAAUUUAAUGUGUUUUUUCUAGAAUUCAGACUUGGGUGUUUGGGGGCAUAUAAGAACAUUUGAAAGAGUUCUCAUUUAGUUAUGUUUAUAUGCAGCCAUGAAAGUCUCUGCAGUUUGAUGUCUGUGUUUACAUUGAGUAUGUUGUACCUUGGUUUCCUACUUGGCACUGUCAUAUGACAAAGCCCAUCAGUGGAUGAAUUGCUUUGUGUGUGUGUGUGUGUGUGUGUGUGUGUGUGUGUGUGAUGGAGAGAGAGAGAACUCGCCUUAAAAUAGAGCCUCAUAUGGUCAAAUAGACUUGGCUGUGACUCAUCUUUCUGUGUGCCUCAUGAGUCAGGCCCAACAGAAUCCAUGCAUGCAGGAAAGAAUACUUUGUCUUACUGCGGGUAAUCUAAACCUGGGUUAAGUAUUUCGCCAUGUAAAGAUUUCUAUGGAAGAGGCAGCCCGUGUGUGCUUUUGGCUUUUAUUGUUAAAACACAGCAAGAGAUCAAGCAGGUUAAAGGAGGUGUUGAUUUUGACCAUUCUUUUUAUUGAUCCUUUUCAUAAUGGCAGUAGUUAUAUCAAAUGCACGUGUGGUCAACCUUGCUAUUUCCACUACUGAUCGUCACCACUAGUGGUCACUGCAUACAUCACAGAGGGGUCAGAUAGACUGUGUCGCUCAGUUUAGAAGAUAACAUGGAGGGUGAGAGGAUAGCAUAGUUUGGGAUUUAAGGUAAUUGCAUUUUAUGGUUAAGUCUCAGAGAAAUGGUGGUUUAUGGUCAUAGCUUUUAUCACCUAACAAGAGUCCUUAAGUCAUCUUAGUCUGUAUGAUGUAAUCUUGUCUUCUACCUUAAUACAGAUGUAGUAAGGUGUGUGAGCAUUUGGGUUACAGCUUUUCUUAGCUGUGUUACGUAUUUAUGUCAGACUUUCGGUAGCACCUAUAAAUGUACAUCACAUACUAACUCAUGGUUGAAGCUUUUUGGCCUCUUUGGUCCUUAAGGAGAUAAUAUUUUAUUAAACAUCAACUUUGUUAUGAUGUAAACAUGUGUGUGCACAUCUGCGAAACAAAAUUUGUAUAGCUUGAACAUUUGAAGAAUUAAUAAACCUUGACUUUGA